AUGGGCUUUUCUUCGAUAACCCGAGCUUUAGGCUUGGGAGCCCUGCUAAUUCUCGGCUCUGAUAUUAUACCACAAGUCAACGGGCUUCCGAAAACUCCAUGGGCCCAACAGCGUGCCAAGGGUCAUGGCAGGAAGGCACUCAGUCAGACCAUCAAUAAGCGCCAGUUCGCUAACACUUCCGAGCCCGCCGACUGCGUUUCUCACAGUCCUCUCGACAUUGAGGCGCCCAAGGAGAACAUCUGGAGUGGCCUCACCGGCCUCGAAGCCGCGGGUGUUACCGAGUGGCUUUUCGCCCAGAAGGAACUAAAUCUUACCUUGAGCGAGAACGCCACGUCUGUUCUGGUUGAGCUCAUGCAACCGAAUAAGUCAGAUGCUCUGGCUUACAUUGACGGAAGCGGCCCAGCACCAGCUCGCUAUGCUCACGUAGUGCUUGACUUCCGCGCCACUGAAGAUCCAGAGUACCAAGACAUUCUCGUCGGUCCUCUUCCAGUCACCAAUGGCACCACUAAGUGGGAGCGUCUCGAGUACCCCUACACCCGCAAGACUGGCGGAAGAGUUCGCAACCUCGAUGCCGAUGAUGAAGCCGUGCAAGAGUGGCGUUACAAAGUCGGCAGGAGCAUCGCUGACAUCACCAUGGACCUCUGGAAUGGCACUGCCCUAGGACUUGACAACGACACCCUGGACAUCUGGGGUAUCGACCCGUACUACCAGGAUGACGGCCGUAUCCAACAUUGGGACACAUUCUGGAGCAUCCCCAACUCUAUCUUUGAUGUUGAGUCCAUGAUGGCUUUGGGACUAUUCUUCAUGUCCGAUGUAACAGGCCGUGACCCCUCCAAAUGGACCAUCGAGGGGUGGUAUUACAAUGGGAUUUUUUACGAGACCACGGAGGAAUUCCGUAACGCAUACUGGAGUGGCAAAGUUGAGAAGCUCGGCGGCAACUUUGCGGGCGACUGGUCAGCAACCGAUCAGCAGGGCGAGAUCCUUCCGAAGGACACCAUGGCCCCACCGACUUCAGUUGCCCCCCAGGGUGCUAGAUACUCUGUCGAUGCUGAAAGAAAGUAUGUCGAGUGGAUGGGCUGGAGCUUCUAUGUCGGCUUCAAUCGUGACACGGGCAUGGCUCUUUACGAUAUCAGUUACAAGGGCCAGAGAAUUCUUUACGAACUUGGUCUUCAAGAGGCCUUGGCUCACUAUGCUGGAAGCGAUCCCACACAGUCUCACACGGCCUACCUUGACACUUAUUACGGCUUCGGUCCAUUUGCAUUCGAAUUGCUGAAGGGUUAUGACUGCCCGUCGUACGCGACCUACUUGAACAGCUCUUUCUAUGUGGAUGAGAGCACACACACACACCUGAACAGCAUCUGCAUGUUCGAGUUCGAUGCUGACUACCCAAUGGCCCGGCACAGUUCAUCCCAGUACGUGACAGCGACGAAAAAUGUUUACUUCACCAUUCGCUCAGUCUCAACCGUCGGUAACUACGAUUACAUGUUCAGUUACAGCUUCUUCCUCGACGGCAGCGUUGCCGUUGAGGUUCGUGCCUCCGGGUACAUUCAAGCCGCGUUCUACGCCAAGAACGAAGAUUAUGGCUUCAAGAUCCAUGACCAGCUUUCCGGAAGCAUGCACGACCACGUGAUCAACUUCAAGGCUGAUUUCGACAUUUUUGGCACCGAGAACACUGUGCAGCGUAUGCACCAGGUAUCCACGACCCAGGUCUACCCCUGGUCCAAGGGGAAGGCAUUCAACACCAUGAAGGUAGAGAGGGAGUUUGUCGAGAACGAAGAACAAGGCCGCUUUGACUGGAGCUACAACAACCAGGACCAGAUCUUUGUCCUGAAUCAGGACGUGAAGAACAAACAUGGCGAGUACCGCGCCUACCGCAUACUCCCUUACACUGGCGCCGCACACUUGACGGUCAAGAACUCAAAUAUCCUGAAGAACUCGGCCAACUGGGCGGGCUACGACAUAAUGGUCUCAAAGCGCAAAGACACGGAGCCUCGCAGCAGUCAUCCGUACAAUAACCAGGAUACCGAAAACCCUCCGGUCAACUUCGAUGCGUUCUUCGAUGGCGAGAGUCUAAACCAGACUGAUCUUGUCCUGUGGCUGAACCUUGGCAUGCACCAUGUUCCUCAUACGGGUGAUUUGCCCACCACGGUCUUCACAACGGCACACUCUGGAAUUCAGUUCAUGCCUGCCAACUACUUUGAGGUCGGUCCCAACGUCGAGACGGUCAACAUGGUCCGCAUCAACUACUCCAACGGAAACACCACGGAGGUGGCUACCUUUGGCGCUGAGACGGACACAUGUUCGCUGGACUACGAGCCUACGCAGGUUGAUUUGUGGGACUACAAGGGAGAUGUCGUUGUUCGCAAGUUCCCUUACUUGCCGGAUGAUCCAUACUACGAGACGGACAGCAUCGUCUAA